AUGACAGCCUGCCCCUCUGCACCUGACCCACUGCCGAGCCACCAGGCCCACACCGAUGUAGACGGCCUGCCAGAGAGCUGCCCACGCUGCAACGUUUUUUACACAGACUUUGUGCUAUUGAGUAGUGCUGCGGCGGCACAGCUCGAAAGACAAACAAGAGGCACGACAAAUGCCUUGUGGCACGAGUCAAGGGGGUUACGCGUCACAGCAUCCAACAUUGUAACAGUACCAAAAAUGCCACAUACUGCCCAUGAGAGGGCGGUACUGUCGCUUACAAGCAGAACAUUCCGGGGGAACGCUGCGAUCAGGCGUGGUCAGAAUUUCGAGCCCAUUGCACGUGCGCAGUUUGUGACAGAGACCGGAUUGAGUGUUUCUUUAUGUGGAACAGUUGUCUGUUCAGAGGUGCCUUUUCUCUCUGCUACUCCUGAUGGUAUUAUCCAGUCUUGUAAUGCCAUCCUUAAAAUCAAGUGUCCCGACACGGACGAUUGCAAAGCGCUGAUAGCACGAGGGGGUUACGAAGUGAAAAGUCAAGGCGACAAGUUUUUCUUGAACCCCGAGCACGACAAGGGGUUUUACAGUCAAGUGCAGUUCACGAUGCUAUGUACUAGAAAGACACUCUGUUUUUUUUACGUAUGGUCGCCCUGCUCUGUAGCACUAUUCACAGUGCUGUUUAAUGAGCAAUUCAUAGCGCAGAACAUGGCUCAUCUGACGAAGUUUUAUUUUUCUUCAAUGUUGCCAUACCUCGAGCAGAAGUACAGGAAGGGUUCGCUCCAACUGUCCUCAGACUACAGGCGGUUGACACAAAUGUGAUGUAGCAGCGCAUAUGUACCCUAAUGUACAUUACGGUAUUUUCGGGACUAUCGUCUGCAUACUAUGCAUGUUUAAAAGUUAAUUUAUUUAGGCUGUGCACAAUACGGUUUUUCAAAAUUGUUUUAUUUUUUGUUGUAAGGACUAUCCACUGGCGGACUAUACAGGAUUUGUUUUUCAGAGUGGUCUAUACCUUACGAGUACUAUCUGGCACGCCUAGUGUGACGGAUAAAAUCACGCUGUUUUGACUUGAAAAUGCCACACAAGGCCAUGCAUGCACAGCAUUUAUUUUUCCCUUUUUGCCCUCAUGGGUGAC